CCCAAAGGUCCUCCCGAAGCCCGGCAUUCUGCACGCUUCAAAAGCGCACGUCUGCCGCACUGUUCUCCUCUUCCUCAUCUCCGGGCCUCUCGACCUCACGGUGUUGCCAAAAUGUCGCUUUCCAACAAGCUGACUUUGGACAAGCUGGACGUGAAGGGGAAGCGGGUCGUGAUGAGGGUGGACUUCAACGUUCCUAUGAAGAACAACCAGAUAACAAAUAACCAAAGGAUCAAGGCUGCUGUUCCAAGCAUCAAAUUCUGCUUGGACAAUGGAGCAAAGUCGGUUGUCCUUAUGAGCCACCUGGGCCGGCCUGAUGGUCAAGUUUCCUUGCUAGUUUCCUAUUCUUGGUGGUCUGAAAUGCUUUUGGUGUUUUUUGGAGUCAUCGACAUUUUCUAUAUUAGAUUUUUCUUUUUAAACUUUUCUCUGCAGGUUAAAGCUGAGCCAGCCAAAAUUGAUGCUUUCCGAGCCUCACUGUCCAAACUAGGAGAUGUCUAUGUCAAUGAUGCUUUUGGGACUGCACACCGAGCCCAUAGCUCCAUGGUGGGUGUGAAUCUGCCACAGAAGGCUGGUGGAUUUUUGAUGAAGAAGGAGCUGAACUACUUUGCCAAGGCUUUGGAGAGUCCAGAGCGACCCUUCCUGGCUAUCUUGGGAGGAGCUAAAGUUGCAGACAAGAUCCAGCUGAUCAAUAAUAUGCUAGACAAAGUCAAUGAGAUGAUCAUUGGUGGUGGAAUGGCCUUUACCUUUCUUAAGGUGCUCAACAACAUGGAGAUUGGCACAUCUCUGUAUGAUGAAGAAGGAGCCAAGAUUGUCAAAGGUCUCAUGUCCAAAGCUGAGAAAAAUGGUGUGAAGAUUACCUUGCCUGUUGACUUUGUCACUGCUGACAAAUUUGAUGAAAAUGCCAAGACUGGCCAAGCUACUUUGGCCUCCGGUAUACCUGCUGGCUGGAUGGGCUUGGACUGUGGUACUGAGAGUAGCAAGAAAUAUGCCGAGGCCGUGGCCCGAGCUAAGCAGAUUGUUUGGAAUGGUCCUGUUGGGGUAUUUGAAUGGGAAGCCUUUGCCAGGGGAACCAAGUCACUCAUGGAUGAGGUGGUGAAAGCCACUUCUAGGGGUUGCAUCACCAUCAUAGGUGGUGGAGACACUGCCACUUGCUGUGCCAAAUGGAACACAGAGGAUAAAGUCAGCCAUGUGAGCACUGGGGGCGGUGCCAGUCUAGAGCUUCUGGAAGGUAAAGUCCUUCCUGGGGUGGAUGCUCUCAGCAAUGUUUAGUAUUUUCUUUCCUGCCUUUGGUUCCUGUGCACAGCCCCUAAGUCAACCUAGUGUUUUCCGCAUCUCCAUUUGGUGUUAGCGCAAGAUUCAGCUAGUGGCUGAGAUGCGGCACCAGGAACCCUUAAACAGUUGCACAGCAUCUCAGCUCGUCUUUACUGCAUCAGGAUUUGUCUGCGUUCUUCAAGAUCCCAUUUAAAUUCCUUAGUGACUAAAACCAUUGUGCAUUGUAGAGGGCGUCUAUUUAUAUUCUGCCUGAGAAAGGAAGUGAGCUGUAAAGGCUGAGCUCUCUCUCUCUGACGUAUGUAGCCUCUGGUUAGCUUCGUCACUCACUGUUCAUGACUCAGCAUGGCAAUCUGAUGAAAUCCCAGCUGUAAGUCUGCAGAAGUUGAUGAUCUAUUAAACAAUAAAGAUGUCCACUGAAAUGGAA